CCUCUUUCUGGAGCACGAAUCCAAACAUUUUCCAAACCAACAAAGAAAAGUUCGCACGCUGGCACCACGGCCCGGACAGGCUGGCGCUGCUGCCGGGCCCCCCUCCCUCCAACACUUGACUCAACCUUGCAAGCCAGUGUGUGUGCGUGUCCCCAUCCCCCGCCUCGGUAACUUCCUAGCGAAUAACAAAUACCCAUAAAGUCCCCGUCGCGCAGCCCCUCCCCGCGGGCAGCGCACUAUGCUGCUCCGGUGGGCGUCCCUGCUGCUGUGCGCAUUCCGCCUGCCCCUGGCCGCGGCCGGUCCCGCCGCGGCACCUGCCCAGGAUAAAGUCGGGCAGCCUCCGGCUGCUGCAGCAGCCGCCCAGCCCCGCCGGCGGCAGCGGGGGGAGGCGCAGGAGCCGACCGAGCCUCUCGGCCAUCCGCACCCCCUGGCACAGCAGCGCAGGAGCAGCGGGCUCGUGCAGAACAUCGAUCAGCUCUACUCGGGCGGCGGCAAGGUGGGCUACCUCGUCUACGCGGGCGGCCGGAGGUUCCUCCUGGACCUGGAGCGGGAUGGCUCGGUGGGCACCGCUGGCUUCAUGCCCGCAGGAGGCGGGACGAGCGCGCCCCGGCGCCACCGGAGCCACUGCUUCUACAGGGGCACUGUGGAUGGCAGCCCCCGCUCCCUGGCUGUCUUUGACCUCUGCGGGGGUCUCGACGGCUUCUUCGCGGUCAAGCACGCUCGCUACACCCUGAAGCCGCUGCUGCGCGGGCCCUGGGCGGAGGCGGAAACCGAGCGAGUGUACGGGGAUGGGUCCGCGCGGAUCCUGCACGUCUACACCCGCGAGGGCUUCAGCUUCGAGGCCUUGCCGCCGCGCACGAGCUGCGAGACCCCCGCGUCCCCGCUGGGACCCCGCGAGCGCCCUCCAGCGCACAGCAGCCCGGACCGACGCGCCGUGCUGGCCCCGAAGCUCCUGGACCAGUCGGCUGUCUCGCCCGCUGGGGGGCCUGGACCGCAGACGUGGUGGCGGCGGCGGCGCCGCUCCAUCUCCCGGGCCCGCCAGGUGGAGCUGCUCCUGGUGGCCGACGCGUCCAUGGCGCGGAUGUAUGGCCGGGGCCUGCAGCACUACCUCCUGACUCUGGCCUCCAUCGCCAAUCGGCUGUACAGCCACGCCAGUAUCGAGAACCACAUCCGCCUGGCCGUCGUGAAGGUGGUGGUGCUAGGCGACAAGGACAAGAGCCUGGAGGUGAGCAAGAACGCGGCCACCACGCUCAAGAACUUUUGCAAGUGGCAGCACCAGCACAACCAGCUGGGAGAUGACCACGAGGAGCACUACGACGCAGCCAUCCUGUUUACUCGGGAGGAUUUAUGUGGGCAUCAUUCAUGUGACACCCUGGGAAUGGCAGACGUUGGGACCAUAUGUUCUCCAGAGCGCAGCUGUGCUGUGAUUGAAGAUGAUGGCCUCCACGCAGCUUUCACUGUGGCUCACGAAAUUGGACAUCUAUUAGGCCUCUCUCAUGACGAUUCCAAAUUUUGUGAAGAGAACUUUGGUUCCACAGAAGAUAAGCGAUUAAUGUCUUCCAUCUUAACCAGCAUUGAUGCAUCCAAGCCCUGGUCCAAAUGUACUUCAGCCACCAUCACAGAAUUCCUGGAUGAUGGGCACGGUAACUGUCUGCUGGACUUACCACGAAAGCAGAUCCUGGGCCCUGAAGAACUCCCAGGACAGACCUACGAUGCCACCCAGCAGUGCAACCUGACAUUCGGGCCCGAGUACUCAGUGUGUCCUGGCAUGGACGUCUGUGCUCGUCUGUGGUGUGCUGUGGUACGCCAGGGUCAGAUGGUCUGUCUGACCAAGAAGCUGCCCGCCGUGGAGGGAACACCUUGUGGAAAGGGGAGGAUCUGUCUACAGGGCAAGUGUGUAGACAAAACCAAGAAAAAAUAUUAUUCAACAUCAAGUCAUGGCAACUGGGGGUCUUGGGGAUCCUGGGGCCAGUGUUCUCGCUCAUGUGGGGGAGGAGUACAGUUUGCCUAUCGCCACUGCAAUAACCCCGCCCCCAGGAACAACGGCCGCUACUGCACGGGGAAGAGGGCCAUCUACCGCUCCUGCAGUGUCACGCCCUGCCCACCCAAUGGAAAAUCAUUUCGUCACGAGCAGUGCGAGGCUAAAAAUGGCUAUCAGUCGGAUGCAAAAGGAGUCAAAACCUUUGUGGAAUGGGUUCCCAAAUACGCAGGUGUCCUGCCGGGGGAUGUGUGCAAGCUGACCUGCAGGGCCAAGGGCACUGGCUACUAUGUGGUCUUUUCUCCAAAGGUGACUGAUGGAACUGAGUGUAGGCCGUCCAGUAAUUCCGUCUGCGUCCGGGGGAAGUGUGUGCGAACUGGCUGUGAUGGCAUCAUCGGCUCAAAGCUGCAGUACGACAAGUGUGGAGUAUGUGGAGGAGACAACUCCAGCUGUACAAAGAUUGUUGGAACCUUCAAUAAAAAAAGUAAGGGUUACACUGAUGUUGUGAGGAUCCCUGAAGGGGCAACUCAUAUAAAAGUCCGACAGUUCAAAGUCAAAGACCAGACUAGAUUCACCGCUUACUUAGCCCUGAAAAAGAAAAAUGGUGAGUACCUUAUCAAUGGAAAGUACAUGAUCUCCACUUCAGAGACCAUCAUUGACAUCAAUGGAACAGUCAUGAACUACAGCGGCUGGAGCCACAGGGAUGACUUCUUGCAUGGUAUGGGCUACUCUGCCACGAAGGAAAUUUUAAUUGUGCAAAUACUUGCAACAGACCCCACCAAAGCAUUAGAUGUCCGUUACAGUUUUUUUGUUCCCAAGAAGUCCGCUCAAAAAGUAAACUCUGUCACUAGCCAUGGCAGCAACAAAGUGGGAUCACACACUUCGCAGCUGCAGUGGGUGACAGGCCCAUGGCUUGCCUGCUCUAGAACCUGUGACACAGGCUGGCACACCAGGACGGUACAGUGCCAGGAUGGAAACCGGAAGUUAGCAAAGGGGUGUCCUCUCUCCCAAAGGCCUUCGGCAUUUAAGCAAUGUUUGUUAAAGAAAUGUUAGCCUGUGGUUUUGAUCUUAUGCACAAAGAUAACUGGAGGAUUCAGCACUGAUACAGUCGUGUUGAACAAGAGGUCUACCUAAUGCACAGAAAGUCAUGCUUCAGUGGCAAUGUCAGCAGGAGUCGAAUUAUGGGCAGAAUCUGCUCUCUGCGACCAAAAGAGGAUGUCCACUGCUUCAUACGACAGUGAUGACCUUGGAAUAUAGAAAAACGUGGGAGUUCUUAAAUAUCCCCUGGGUCUACAAAAGAAAGAAGGAAACACUGAUGAAUGUAGAAUCAGGGGACUUUUGAAGAUGGCAGAACAGUCUCCCCCUUGUCACCUACCUCUUACAGAAUGUCUUUAAAGGCAACAUAAUCAUUUUCACCCAUGAUAUACAGUAGCUUAUUUUUACUGUUUGUAAAUACAUUCUCCCUUGGUAUGUCACUUUAUAUCCCUUGGUUCUAUUAAAAUAUGCAUAUAUAUUUCUAUAAAAAUGUGUUUGACCAAAGUAGGUCUACAGCUAUUUUAACUCCCUUCAGUUUCCAGAAAGAGCUGUGGAUGUUUUACUGGAAAUUAAGAACUUGCUGCUGUUUUAAUGAGAUUUAGUAUAUUUUCUGACUACAGGAGAUUAAAAUUUUAGUCAAAAACCAUUCUGACAGCAAGCAUCUUCAGAGAAAUUCUGAAAAGAAAAAGGAUCUCAGUGUAACUAGUCAUUUAAAUACACGGGUUCACUUACUUAAACCUUUGACUGCCUGUAUUUUAUUCAGGUAGCCAGCCAAACUAAUCCAUAAUUUAGGAUAUAGAGGUAAGGUUUGCGUGUGUGUUUGUGAUCAGUAUUCAAGAGUCUAAAACCUAGUUUUCUUGUGUUGGAGUUUUUAAAAAAAAAAUACAUUUCACUGUGUUUUCAAUUUAUAUUUUCACAACUACUUUCUCUUUCUAUGGAUGUUAUCUAAUAUCUCACAAUGUGUAAUAUGCGUACAAAACACACAGCAAAGAAUUUUCUAUCAUGUUCCACUUCUUCAACACUGGUAUACCUCUUACCAGCAAGCCUUUAAAAUGUGUUUGCGUUUGCUUGUUUGUUUUGUUUUGUUCAAGGGUUCCAUAAGACCUACAGUGUUUUGUUGCUUCUUGUUGACUUAGUUUAAUAGGAAUAUUAAAGAUCACUUGGUAGGUAGCCACAUCCAGAAGUGGUUAUCAUCAUUAAUGUGGUUAAUACAAAAAAAAAGUGGUUAAUAUUAAUAAGACUGUUUCCACACCAUAGGCAAUCAUUCUUUCAUUUAAGAAAAAAAAAAUCUACUGUGCUGAAGACGUUUUUCCCAACUGGAAAGCAUUUGGUUGUACCAGUAAAUGUUUGAGUGACAAAAUGUGAUGAUUUUCAGAAAAUUGUUGCUAUUACUUCCAUAGACUGUUUAGGUAGGUUGUACAUUUGACUAGUUAGACAUUGAAAAAUUUUUACAGCUAUACACCUAAAAAUCUCUUUUUAGAUGUUAAACUGCCUUUUUCCCAACCCCGUAGCUCAGAAAAAUCUAAGGUGUUUCAUUUCACUGGAAUUUCUUUUUCUUUGUGAAAUACCACAAAGCUAAUUGUUUUUUAUAAAAUUUUAUAUUAAUUAUACCAAAUGUGCCUAUUAAAGAUUCCACAUAUAAGGAUGUUAAAGAACAGCUGUUUGAGUUCCAUUAAGCUCAGAAGAGUUUAUUUUUAUUGUAAGAUAUUUUAAUAUAAAAUAAUUCUGUCAUCGAUUUCAAUGUAUCAUAUUCAUUUUAGUAAGCCAGGAAAAUGAAUGUCUCACUGUUUUAAGGAUUUUCUUAGAAAAUCAUUUUAAAAGCAAAUUAUUGUUUUUCAAAACCAAAAAUUAUUUUUUGGAUUUUUAUAGACUGGCUUUCCUUUAGACGUGAUAACUUUUUCAAAAACUAAAUUAACAGCUCAAGAAAUGAAGCCUAUAUCAGAAGGAGAUCACUAGGUACUAAGGCAGGAAGCAAAGCUAGUCAAAUUGUCUGAAAAAAAUAAAUAAAAAUCACACUGACCAUUUCACUGUGCAAAGAACUAAUAGAGAGGCCAAUGUUAUCUUCUCUAAUUUUGAAAAUAAUUUUAAUUCAAUAACUCAAAUGUGAUGAAAUUUCUUUUUUUGUUAUAUUCCCAACAUUAAAAAAUAAUUGAAUAGCGAACAUUGUUGUCUCCUACUGUGCUUCUCUAUACUAUACUCACAGAUUUUUCAUAUAAUUUAUCAACGAUUCCUUUUCUUCCCAAAUAAUGACAUUUUAUACUUCUCACUGAAACAAUUUUAGAGAACUGAGCACCAAUAAACCACUAUUCUGUGCAUUUAAGGAGUUUCCUCUACUUUUUUACUUAUGAGUAUCUCUAGAUCGACUGAGGAAUGUAUGUCUAAACUCCCGAGAAAAAAAUGAUACAGACUAGAAACUGAAAUUCAGAGAAACGGAGUAUUCAGCAGAUACAACAAAUGAUGAGCAAAGGGAAAAUCCUAAUCUAAUUCAGUCUAUUUUGACUUUGUACUAUGUUUUUCACCUUUCUAAGUUGUAUCUUGAUUUUUUUUUUUUUCUAAGUCUCAGAUGCAGGAUGCUAGGGGCUACUUCU